UAUGUUGAGGUCAGAUGAGUCAACUAAAAUGUUUAACAACGUCCAGCAUCAGUGAAAAGUUAUGUGCCGUCUGUUAUGUACUGUUGUCCUAUACGAGCGGUGCACUUCACUGUCUGGUCGAGGGGAUCUCUCGGGACAGCUGGACCUAGGCUAGGCUACUCUGCGAAAGAUCUGCCGUGGCCGCCGAGCUGUUGCUGACCUGCGAGCUGCCAUGCCAACUGCAGACUAACGUUAACGGUGAAGAGCUACAAUCUCACGGAGCAACAAACGGUCGCUGUUAAAAGUCCAUAUACACGAUCGCCCACUACUUCAGACUGUGCUUCCAGUGAUCUCCAGACUGCAGUCUACAAGGCCUAACGUUAACGUUAUCUCCAGACUGCCAGUGAAUUCACCGGGUUGGUCCCAUACUAUGGCAAACACACCUGAUGGCUGUAUUCAGUUUACGCGACAUGCUGGAUAUGUCCUUCUCAACUUCAACCGUUUACGCAGUCGAAAUAUCAUGACGGAUGUCACUGUAAUGGUCAACGGACAGCAGUUUCAGGCACACAAGACCAUUCUCAUGGCCUGCAGUGGGCUCUUCUACUCCAUUUUCACCAGCGCUGACAAAGGCAACGUGAGCACCAUCAGUCUGGACCCCUCCGUGGACGCUGUUGGUUUCUCAGCACUGCUGGACUUCAUGUACACCUCCUGUUUGGCCCUGAAGGACAGUGAUAUCUUCUCCAUCCUGACCACAGCCAUACACCUCCAGAUGGACCAUGUGGUGGACACAUGCCAAAGAGUUGUUAAGGCCAGAGGCCUGCAUAAACGACAGGAGGACUUGGCACGAGUCAUUUGGCGGACGCAGGACCUACCUCCUUCUACACGCCGUGCCAGCAGUGAUGCCCCCUUCUCUAGUCACAGCAAUCCCCUCAGUCACAUCUAUGGCCAAGCCCCCAUUCCCCUUGUGCCAGCGGCUCCAUACUGGCACAUCCCCAACCGCAGCAGUGCACCUAAACAGCGCCCAGCCUCUCCGUCCAACGUGGUGAAUUUAUCUGCAAUGAGGCGCCUCCACUCCACAUUUCAAAGCAACCUUGGUAGGCACCCCGCCCCCUCUCUGUCCCCCAUGGACUACCAGAAGCAACUACCUCGGCCCGUGGCCAGGCUGGAGCAGAAGCAAUCGCGGGCACCAGACACUGGCUGCCAUGAGCUCCAGGAGGUGAAGAGGGGUGAUGAGGAAGAGGAGGGGGAGCAGGGGGAUAGAUCAGACUGCCGGCCCAGCUCCCCCAUGGAGUCCAGCAGCUGCAACAAGGAGACCUCCUCCUCCUUAUCUUCCUCCUCACCUCCUCUUGGUCCUCACAACAGUCACAGUCAGAAUGAGAAGGUGCACAACUGGAAGAAGUACAAGUUCAUUGUCUUGAAUACCUGUCAAGAAGAUGAACAGCGUAGCGAAGAAUCUACCUCACAGAUUGGCCAAAGAGAACGGGAGGAACAGGAACAUCAAGUCCAACAAGUCAACCAGCUUAGUAACAUCAGCAGGAUAUCUGAAGAGGGUCAUCAGAGAUUUGACUCCGCAAAACCUCAGGCAGAAUCUUCAGAAUCAGAUUGCACUGCUUCAGCCGACUUCUGCAAGAAAUGUGAGUCCCAAAUCACAGAUGGAGAACACUCCCUUCAAGCCCACUGCAUCAAACCAUACAAAUGUGACUAUUGCCCUGCAACUUUUCGGUGCAAAGGAAAUCUUGCCGGUCAUAAGUCUGUUCACACAGGAGAAAAACCUUACCGCUGUUCCGUGUGCGGAGCUCAGUUUAACAGACCAGCCAACCUCAAGACCCAUAGCCGUAUCCAUUCUGGAGAAAAGCCAUACAAAUGUGAAACAUGUGGUGCUCGCUUUGUACAGGUGGCUCACCUCAGGGCCCACGUCCUCAUCCACACAGGAGAGAAGCCUUACCCCUGUGACGUGUGCGGCUCGCGCUUCCGUCACCUGCAGACUCUGAAGAGUCACACACGCAUACACACUGGGGAGAAGCCUUAUCAGUGUGACCACUGCAAGUUGCACUUCCGCCACAAGAGCCAGCUGAGGCUUCACCUGCGGCAGAAGCAUGGCACUGAGUCCAGUUCCAGGACUCCGCACCUCAGGCCGGCCACUGCCCCUCACAAUCCUGCCGUCCACACCCACUGAGCAGAGAGGGGUCUGCCUUAGGGGAGAGGGAACUGGGCUACUUCUACUCAGGGUUACAAGGUCCAAUUUAGUGUUCAUCAGUUCAUCAGUGAUGCUGAAGAGAUGUUAAAAAAUGUCUAGCUUUGUUCCAUGGCUUGUUUUUAAUUUGUGCGGAAAAAAGUGUAAAUAUUUGUAAAUAUUUAAGUGUUAAAGUUUGUAUUAAAAAAAAUCCAAAAUUAA